AUGGCUUCUGUUAGAAAGAGGAAGAUGGCCAGGUCAUCGGUCAAGAAGAAUACCCGAAAGGAAAAGGACAGCCACAGAAAAAUCAAGUACAUUCCCCAUCCCAUCAUGAAGGCACACUGGGACAAAAAGCUCACAUGGAAACAAAACUACGAGAGAUUCGGCUUACAGUCCAAUUUGUCAAAAACAAUGAAAAGACCUGCAUCGGAAACGCUAAUCACCCAGACAAAAACCAGUGAGGAAGAUAGUAAUGUCGACCCAGAGUCCAUCGCAAUUGAAACCGAUCCCGAGAAGAUUCCUCUUGGAGAGGCUAGAUUGAUCAGAGAUCCAGAAACAAAUGAGGUCGUCGAGAUUAUUUAUGGAAAAAUGGAAAAAAGUGACGAGGAGCAGCCAGCUAAGGCGGUUUUGCCAGUGAUUGAUGAUUUGAUCAAAUACCAAGAAGAACAUGCUAAGCCAGCUUUUGUGCGUACCCUACCGGAACAGGAAUGCCACUGGAUGGCGUUGCUUCACAAGAAAUAUGGUGACAAUUACGAGAGAAUGAAGUGGGAUCAAAAAUUGAAUCCUUUGAUCUGGUCGGUGGGACAAAUUAAGAAGAAGAUGGAGAUUUGGAAGAACAUGCCAAAGGAAGUCGAACCUUGA